AUGCCGGCUGCCUCGACCGACGGCCUUGGUUUCAUCCCCUCCGUUCUUCUCCUGAGAGAUACCAGCUCUGGGUAUCUUCACACCCUCCUCUCCGUUUUCUCGUUGUCCUUCCGCCUCGGGAAAACUCGCGCCCCCUCCGUAGCCUCACAUCUGCUCUCCACUUCCUGCGCUGCCGUCAACCUCCAAAUCCCACAUCUGGCGGCGGACUUCCCUGCCUCCAACAGCUCAGUCAAAACUCAAGAAGACUUGAAGCCCAUCGGCACCCUUGGACAGAUAAGCCGUAUCAAUGCAAUUCAUCCACGCUACGCUGCAUCCGACACGGUUUUGAUCGAGCUACCCACCCGGACACCAGCAGCACUUGGAUUGACCACCUUAACUGGACUUACUAGGCCCGAUUCGACAUCCUUCUUCACAACCUCUCAACAUUUCAGGAUCUUGAUACAGCGGCUGCCUCAUCUUGAAAUCCUGUCGCGUCGACUGGCCCUACCUCUCGUCGGCCAACUUGCCAUUUGCAUUCUUGCUCCAAGGGCUUCAUCGCAUCUAGAGCUCACUUCCAUCAGCUUCAGCCGUCAGUUUGACCCACUCGCAAAGGGCAUUCAGUCUUGA